CCCCAGGACUGCCACACGCGAGUAAAACUCAGACCUCUUCCAACCUGAGCAGAUUUCCCUCUAGGCAAAGAUCUGAGCAGCCUCUUACAGCGUCCUCCUCCUCCUGCAGAGCUGCUUGGGAGGGACUGUCCUGCUCCAUCACCAGUUUGGGGACGCUGCUGCCCACCGAGGCUGGGAGAGAGGGAAAUAUGCGGGCUUGGUGCUGCUGACGGUGUCUGGAGGGUUCCACCAAAUCCAGCUCCGUGGGACACUGGGAUCCACCUGCUAAGGGCACAGCAGAGCCCAGGCACAGGGAGUGGUGCCAGGCAAAGCCGGCAGUUCCAAAAACUACAAAUCAGGGGGACAAAAUUCACCCCGGGACCUGAGCAGAUUUCCCUCUAGGCAAAGAACCGAGCAGCCUCUUACAGCGUCCUUGUCCUCUGCUUCCUCGUCUUCUUGCAGAGCUGCUUGGGAGGGACUGUCCUGCUCCAUCAGCACUGGAAUUACAAAAAUCAGGGUGACAAAAUUCCCCCGGCUGCUGCCGCAAUCCCGGCUCUAUAAAUGCGGUACCGGAGCGCGGCUGGCGCGGGCUGUCACCUCGGUGCCACCGGCGAGGAUGUGGCCGUACGCGGUGGCCGCGCUGCUGGCGCUGUUCCUGCUGCGCCGGUGGCACCGGGAGCGGCAGACGGUGCCGCGGCUCUCGGAGAAGCACGUGCUGAUCACGGGCUGCGACAGCGGCUUCGGGAACCGGCUGGCGCGGCAGCUGGACGCGCGGGGGCUGCGGGUGCUCGCCGCCUGCCUGACCCACACCGGGGCCGAGCAGCUGCGGGCGGCCACCUCCGACCGGCUGCAGACCGUCCUGCUGGAUGUCACCUCCAGCAAGAGCAUCGCCGAUGUCACCGCCUGGGUCCGGGAGCGUGUGGGUGAUCAAGGGCUCUGGGGGCUGGUGAACAACGCAGGGAUCGCCAUCCCCAGCGCCCCGAACGAGUGGCUGAGCAAGGAGGACUUUGUCAAGGUGCUGGAUGUCAACCUGGUGGGGCUGGUGGAGGUGACCCUGAGCCUCCUGCCGCUGCUGCGGCGGGCGCGGGGCCGCGUGGUCAACGUGGCCAGCGUGAUGGGCCGCGUGUCCUGCUUCGGUGGAGGCUACUGCAUCUCCAAGUACGGCGUGGAAGCCUUCUCUGACAGCCUCAGGCGGGAGCUGCGUCCCUUCGGGGUCCAGGUCUCCAUCAUCGAACCUGGAGGUUUCCAGACGGGAAUGACCGACCCCGCCCCGCUGGUGAAGGGCCUCGUUCGCCUCUGGGAGCGGCUCCCGGCAGAAACCCAGGCAGCCUACGGCCGCCGCUACCUGGAGAAAUAUGCCAAGAGCACCGCGCUGCUGCACCGCCUGAGCAGCUCCCGCCUGUCGCUCGUCACCGAUGCCGCGACACACGCGCUGCUCUCCCGCUGUCCCCGCAGCCGCUACGCCGCGGGCUGGGACGCCCGGCUCAUAUUCCUGCCCCUCAGCUACUGCCCGGCCUGGCUGUCCGACACCAUCCUCGGCUUCUUCCUGCCCGUCCCGGCCAGCGGGACCCCCUGAUGGCCGCCAGAGGAGGGCCCGUGGGUGUCCCGCACCCUCGAGAACGUGCUCAGUAAAGGCGGUGCAAUGCG